UGCGGAUUUAAGCUCCGAUACAACUCAUUGCUGCUCCAGCCUCCUGGACAAGUGUUGUGGGUGUGGGUGUGUUGUGGUGUGUUGUGGGUGUGCUUGCGUGUGUGUGUGUGUGUGUGUGUGUGUGUGCGUGUGUGUGUGUGUUUUCUUCCCCUCCUUGUCUUGCACAGCUUAAUGAUGGAGAGGAUAAGAAAAGAGAUGAUAUUGAUGGAGAGAAGUCUGCACAGUCCCGUCGCAGGGAAGAGGCUCACAGACACGCCUGGAAACUCAGUGCUGGAGGCCCUGGAAAACUCUCAGCACAGCGGACGCUUAAGCCCGAGAAUAACUUCGGCUUCUCUCCAUGGAAAUCUUGGGGACAUCCCGACCAAGGGCAAGUUUGAAAUUGACAGUCUUUUCGGCACGCAGCACCACAGCAGCGACAACACCUCGUCGGCGGAAAUUUCCUCGUCAGAGAGCAGGAAGAAAAUGAGCCUUUACUCCGAAGUUUCGCAAGAAUCAGAUAUUAACAGUGAUGUGGAGGUGGGAUGCCCCGGUCACCGCUCCCCGAGUCAGCACAAGGAAAACAACAAAGGUUUUUCAGACAGUAAUUCAGCCACGUCCAACACGAGCUCAAACUCCCUCUCGAACAUGAACGGUAAUUCAACGGGAGGGAACAAUUCAAAUAGCGACCAGGUCAGACGCUAUCGGACUGCUUUCACUCGGGAACAAAUCGGACGCCUGGAGAAAGAGUUUUACAGGGAAAAUUACGUCUCCAGACCACGACGAUGUGAAUUAGCCGCAGCGCUGAAUCUGCCCGAAACUACAAUUAAGGUGUGGUUCCAGAACAGGCGCAUGAAGGACAAAAGGCAGCGUUUGGCGAUGUCUUGGCCUCAUCCCGCAGACCCCAGCUUCUACACUUACAUGAUGACGCACGCGGCGGCAACAGGAAGUCUUCCUUACCCUUUUCAUUCGCACAUGCCUCUACAUUACUACCCGCACGUCGGUGUCACAGCAGCAGCGGCCGCCGCCGCCGCUACCGGCGCCGCCUCGUCACCUUUCGCCACCUCCAUCCGUCCCUUAGACACCUUCCGUGCUCUCUCCCAUCCUUACUCGCGGCCGGAGCUCCUCUGCAGCUUCAGGCACCCGGGACUCUACCAGUCGCCCGCAGGCCUGAACAGCUCCGCGGCGGCAUCGGCGGCGGCGGCAGCGGCGGCAGCGGCAGCGGCGGUGAGCGCGCCGUCCUCCACCGGGCCUUGCUCCUGCCUCAGCUGCCACAGCAGCCAGGCGGCGAGCGCGCUGGGCGCGAGGAGCACCAGCGCUGACUUUACCUGCACAGCUUCAGGCCAAAGAUCCGAGAGUGGAUUUUUGCCGUAUUCUGCUGCUGUUCUCAGCAAGACUUCAGUGCCGUCACCAGACCAACGAGAAGAGACUUCACUGAACAGAUAACUCAUCACGCAGCCAACGCCACACUUUCUUAUUGUGCUCUGUAUAGCCCUACUUUAUAGGGGAACUAAGCCUGUACUUUAAACGUCACACCUGGGUGAAGCAUUCCGCACACACAAACACGGAUAUUUAUUUCUUUUCAAAUCUGAUUCCAGUUCAAAAUAACUCUUUAUAAAAAAAAAAAAAGACAAGAAUAGCUAAUCACCUACAUUUUUUGCAGCCCAUUAAGACUUUUCUAAAGGCUUGUGCCGUUGUGUUUGUGCCAGUGAACCAAUUUUUAAAUGGACUGUGCUGGAUGCGUAUUUGGAAAAUAAAAAAAAAAUAACAGUGUACUCAUACAGUCCCCAUGCCUCGAUCAAGAUUGCAAGUGGAUGUUAUUUGUUUUGGCCGUUUCCACACACAUUUAACUUUCAAUGGACAGAGACUGGGUCACAUUCUAUAUAAUUUACGCGGCUCAAAUCCAGCCCUGGCUACAUACCUUCACUUCUCUUGUUUAAAAGACACAAACGUGGGUAAUUAUACUGUCUAAAUAUAGAUAGCACAAGGUCCUGCUUUUGUGCCCAGCAGCAUAUCUUUCUUCACUAUAAGGCCUAAUAGACUGUGAUUUUGGCAGCAAUAGCUUCUCCAACACCCUGCCUCUGCUCUGUGGGGACACUCCUAAUCAGCUGGAAGGCGCAUAUAAUUUUGCACCGCGUCUUUCGUUGUCAAUUUUUAUGUUAAUAAUGAGAGGAUCAUGACAAAAAUUGCCAAUCAUGUACCUAGAUGGAGCUCCUUUGAAUACAUGACUGGAAGAAAGUUCCUCGUUUUGAGACCCGCUGUCAAGUGCUAACAACCCGCGGAGGGAAGUCAUUAGACAUACAAAAGACCUGGAACAAGGCGACAGUCCUGGUACACACAAAUGCACUGUAUAAAGAUAAUAUCUGACACAUGGAA